AUGGCCGGUGGUCCUAAAACGGCAUCUCCUUCUUCCUCCUCCUCCCCUUCUCCUCUUCACACUCUAAAUCAUGCAAAUAUCAAACACAACCUUCCUAGCACCCUAGAUAUGGAGAACGUGCAAUAUUCCACGUGGGCGGAAUUGUUCAAAAUUCAUGCGCGUUCUAGUCGUGUUAUUCACCAUAUUAUUCCAUCUUCCACAAUCAAGGCUCCCUCUACUGAUGAAGAAAAGGAAGAAUGGGCUACGGUGGAUGCAACGGUGUUGAAAUGGAUUUACGCCACCAUUUCUGAGGAUCUCCUCAACACCAUAUUGGAGCCUGAUUCUACGGCACAAGCGGCUUGGGAGCGACUACGAGAUAUAUUCCAGGAUAAUAAAACAUCUCGGGCAGUCACUCUUGAGCAGGAGUUCUCUAUAAUGCUUCUGCCUACUGUCAACGCUUGA